AUGGGUAAAACAAGUCGGUGUGUCACUCGGCGCUCGGACUUCUGCUUGGCUCCCUUUUGGGGUAAAAGCCAGAACAAUGAACCAGAGAGACCACUUCCUUCCCUGGGUCCUGUGGCAGUGGAUCCUAAAGGUUGUGUCACCAUAGCCAUCCACGCCAAGCCUGGCUCCAAACAAAACGCCAUAACAGAUGUGACAACAGAGGCUGUAAAUGUAGCCAUCGCAGCACCUCCUUCAGAAGGUGAAGCCAACGCCGAGCUCUGCCGAUACCUGUCCAAAGUCUUAGAACUCAGGAAGAGUGAUGUGGUUUUGGAUAAGGGUGGGAAGUCUCGUGAAAAACUGGUGAAGAUUUUGGCCUCCACAACUCCAGAAGAAAUCUUGGAGAAAUUACAAAAGCAAGUAGAAAAUAAGUAG